UGAGGAUAAAAAUAAAGAUGAUUUGUAUAAAAUGAUCAAGGAAAAUGGCAAAAAAGGUAACCAAAAGGUGACUGGCGCUAAAGCAAGUAACUCGAUAAAAAAUCAAAGAAAAGGUCAUUUAACGUCCGAUAAGAGACUUGAAGGAAAAAGGAAAGGAACUACUAAAUCAAAAAAUAAAGCAAGAAGUAGAAGAAUGCUUAAAGGAUUUAAGGUUAAAACUAGGGGAUUACUUGGAGGAUUAAGAUUUGGAAAGAGUAAAAAGGGAAAAACGAGUGAAGUAAAGGAUUUAAAGAAAGAUGGUGUUGUUAGUAAGAAUGAUCAAGUAAAAGAAAAUAAUCAAGAUGAUUUUAAAGUAAAGGAAAAUAAUAAGGGAAAUCAAGUGGAAAACAGUUCAGGUACGUUAAUUAUGCUAGGGUCAUGA